AUGAUGGAUAGUAAUGACAUAGGUUCUGAAUCAAGAAGAGGCUUUGUAUCACAAGGAUGGACACGUAUUUCGCAGAUAUACCAAGGCCUAUUAGAUAAGUGGACUCCUCAUGUUAAAAGUAGAUGGGCUGCAGCUAUAAUACUGAUUCUUAUAUUUAUUCUUCGAGUAUUCUUGAAACAAGGCUGGUAUAUAGUCACCUAUGCAUUAGGUAUAUAUCAUUUAAAUUUAUUUAUUGCAUUCCUGACACCAAAGAUUGAUCCUGCAAUGGAUUUUGAUGGAGAUGAUGAAAAUGGCCCAGCUUUACCUACUAGAUCAACUGAAGAAUUUCGGCCUUUCAUCCGAAGAUUGCCAGAAUUCAAAUUUUGGUUAUCGGUGACCAAAAGUACCAUAUUUGCUUUCUGUUGUACUUUUAUUGAUGCAUUCAAUAUACCGGUAUUUUGGCCUAUUUUAGUAAUGUAUUUUAUAACAUUAUUCUGCAUCACAAUGAAGAGGCAAAUUAAGCACAUGAUAAAGUAUCGCUACCUACCAUUCACACAUAGCAAGCCAAAGUACAAAACAGUAGACUCAACAGUGACUGUGAACUGA